AUGGAGUUGUAUGAGUCUAUGAAUGAAGGAAAAGUACGUACUAUGGAACAAAAACGCACAAUAUUGGAAACAAUAAAGGAGCAGGCACUGCACCAUUUCCAAAUAGGCUUACGCAAAAAACUUAAAUUGAUAGUACGUUCGCGUGGAUACGGUACGCUUCAGGAAGCCAUAGCUGGAGCAAGCGCAGAAAAAAAAGUUGCAGGAAUAAAAUUAAAGAGCCGCAUGCCAGCGCAAGCGCGUGGUAGCAAUAAAAACUACAAAUGCUUUAAGUGCGGAAAGAUCGGACAUUACGGAAGAGAGUGUCGGUCUAGCAGAACAGACCGACUGCCAAAACCGAGCAGUAGCAGGAAAAGCCGAAGUGACAAUAGCGAGUCAUUGAGUGACGAAGAGGACAACGGAAAAGGAAAGAAAAAAUCCGUGUCAGUGGCAGAACUACAGGUAGCCGAGCUAAAUGCUGCGCAAGCAGUUCUGGACUUGGUCACUGUACCGAUGAGAGAAGCAAAGAAAGGCGAAGCAGAAUUGCUUUAUAACACUGGAGCAACAGUGACAUUGAUCAAAAAGAAAUACUUAAAAAGGAAAACGCCAGCCGAGAAGACGAGCACGAAACUGACAGGCGUUACAGGGCAUCAAGCAUGCGUCAUAGGAAAAAUCACAGCAACCAUACAGCUAAAAGACAAAAAUAUUAAGCAUCCGGUUUACGUUGUGAGAGACGAUUUCCCAGUUAGCUAUCAAAGCAUUUUAGGAAAUGACUUUAUAAAAAAGCACAAUGCCAAGCAUGAUUACAGAGCGGAAAAACUCUUGCUGGGAAAAAACACGUUACAGUUGCGCCCAUAUAAAAGUAUAGAAUUGCAACCUCGUAGCAAAACAAUCGUGCACAAGCUGUUACUGAUGGUAAUCAGGUCGGCAUAG